AUGUCGAUAUUUCCACUCUGGUGGUCUGCCUUUUCGGGACUAUUUGGCCGCCGGACAAUAUACCUGGCAUCUUUCGCAUUUUUCACAUUAUGGAGUGCUAUUACCACAAUAUCUACUUCAAUGACAAUGCUGAUCGUAAUUAGAGUUUUAGGAGGGGGCACAGCCGCCUCUGUUUUAGCUAUCGGUGCAGGCACUAUUGCGGAUAUUUGGGAGCCAAAAAAGCGCGGUCGUGCGACGGGGAUAUUCUUCCUGAGUCCUAUGCUUGGGCCGUUUCUAGCUCCGAUUAUUGCUGGAGAAGUAGCGGAAAAAUGGGGCUGGAGAAGUACCCAAUGGUUUCAGACUAUCUAUGGAGAGUUAAUAUUGAUUCUGCUGUUAUUUUGCCUUCCUGAGACACUCGCAAGACGAGCCCUGGUUGUCGAGGAACUCGCUGGUGGGAAAAUUACAUCUCAUCGACCUAACUUUGCUCCCUUACCGACUUCGCCAUCCAUUCAACAUAGAAUAAAAAGAGUGGUAGUCAUUUUAAAAAAUUUAUUAACUGAUCAACUAAAGAUAUUGGGCUAUCUUCAAUUUCCAGCCGUCUCGAUCACAAAGACAUUCGGGGAGCCAUAUAAUUUCUCUGGGGUAACAGUCGAGCUGACAUAUAUCCCGGGCUCACUGGGCUAUAUUUUUGCAGGUUUUGUGGGAGGAAAAUGGUCGGAUGCUAUCAUGCAUGGAGAAGUUUGUGCUGCAGGUCGAUUAGAUGGAUCUGGAAAACUUAUUCUCCGACCGGAAGAUCGCAUGAGAGAAAAUGUUCUACUUACUGCUGCUAUUUAUCCUACUGGUCUUUUAAGGUUUGGGUGGACUGCGGAGAAGAGAGUUCAUUAG